AUGAGGAGAGCCGAUAUGAUUUGGUUUUUAUCAACCUUGCUCCUUAUCACGACCGUAGACGCCGCCUCUCUUGAUCCCGAUAUAGACAUGGCGGUUUUAAUGCCGACAAAACCACCAGCAACAUCAACGCCCGAUUCAUGGGAGUGCGCCACACAAGACUACACCAAUUACUUCAACGUUCCAACGGCCACCGGUGCAUUGGAUACGGCAAUGGUUUCAUACGGGAGGUCUUUAUUCGAAACUUGUACAUAUACAGAUAUCCAACGAACUAAUUGCGCAAAUCCUGACCUCUCGCAAUGGUGUGCUUUUCGAACAAUCGUUCCAUCAACUCUCCUAUCUUCAUACUCCUCGUAUAACAGCCUUGCGUUUUCAUGGUGGUCGAGCCACAAGUCCGAGAUACUUUCAUUCGCGAGUGACUGCCCCAGUUAUUGGUACAGAGCAGGAUCACGACAGCUAUUCGGCUAUAGCCCAUUGAAUGACACGAUCAAUGAGGCGAUGUGCUAUGCGGAAGCAGCUCUUACAUCAGGGUCACCGACAAUGACAACAACGAUGCAAACGGGGAAGACUGCUACGCCUGGUCCGCUGGUGACUACGAGUGGGCCAGCUUCAACAGAUUCGCAGUCUCCGACGAUUAUUAGUUCCGUAACUCUUCCUACAUCGCAAGCUGCGGUCGGUGCGUCUGCUCCGAAGUCCACGACUGCGGCAAGCAUGGCUUCUGAAAAUUUGGGAUAUAUCAACGCUUGGAUGAUAGUGGGUGCUGUGAUGGUGGCAAUCGCUGCAAAUAUUUGA